AUGUACUGGGUGGCGCCGCACGCACACAGCCGCGCGCACCUGACGCCGCCGGUGGCGCCAGCCGACCCCGCCGCCCCCAACCCAUACCUCAACCCCGCCACAGUGUUGCCAUUACUAAGGGUCUUACCACAAAUACGGGUGGUUUUGUUUUGUGUCGCUCCGGCGGCGGCCGCGGCGCGCCAGUCGUGCGCCGGCACGCGGCGAGUGAUGACGCGCUGGCAGCGGCGCGUGCUGCGCGCUACG